AUGUUACCAAAUGUCAACGAUAAAUCUGUCCUGGCUGUCUUUAAGUUAGUCAAGGCCCCAAUCUACUCCCAUUGCUUUUCAAGUGAUAGAUCUCUGCUAGCUAUUACCUGUGAAACAAGCUGCCUUGUUUAUAGGCUAACAAACAUCAAUUCACAACCUAAAUUAGUGGCCACUUUAGCUAAUCAUGAUAAAACCAUCACGGCAGUUGAUAUCUCUAUCCAUGGACGUAUCGUCACAUGUUCUCAGGACCGUAACGCUUACGUUUGGGAACCAUUAAGUGAUGGCUCAUAUAAGCCAACAUUAGUCCUGUUGCGUAUUAAUAGAGCAGCAACAAGUGUCUCCUGGGCGCCAAAUGGUUACAAAUUCGCUGUUGGAUCGAGUGCACGUAUCAUUGCUGUCUGUUACUAUGAACAGGAAAACAAUUGGUGGGUCUCUAAACACAUCAAGAAACCAAUUAAAUCCACCAUCAAUUGUCUAUCGUGGCAUGAAAAUGGUGUCCUAUUGGCUGCAGGUGGUACUGAUGGGUUUAUCAGAGUAUUCUCCGGAUUUAUCAAAGGCUUAGAUACCAAAGAAGCUGUGGCAGGAUCUCCUUGGGGUUCCAAGUUCCCAUUCGGUUCCUUGAUCAAAGAAUUAUAUCAAGGUUCAUAUAUCCAUGAUGUUGAAUGGCGUAGUAAGAUUGAGAAGGUUGCAUACGUUGCUCAUGAUGGUACUUUGAAUAUCUUAGACUCUCAAGGUGGUUUGCAAUCUGUCAACUCUCCCGAUGGGUUACCAUUCAGAUCAUUGGCUUGGAUUAAUGAUCAUGAAAUUGUAUGUGCAGGUUAUUCUUGUCACCCAAUUCUUUUUAGCGAAGCAUCACAAGGAUGGAAAUUCGCUAAGAACUUGGAUAAAGUUGCUGAUGCUGCUCAAACUCCUGUAGCUACGGGUGAAGGAGAAGAAGGCGAGGAUGACAACGGAACAUUUGGUAUAUCUGCUUUGAGAAAGUUUAAAGAAUUAGAUUUGAAGGGUAAAGUUACCACAUCUGUGAAGGAGAGUGCUCAUGAAAACGCUAUCAUGGAAUUGGCUCCUUUUGCUGAAUCAAAUGGUCAAGUCACCCAAAUCUCUUCAUGUGGGUUGGAUGGUAAAAUUGUACUAUAUACAGUUUAA